AUGGACUCCACUAUUCAACUGACGACUCUCCAGACCGAGCGAAACCCUCGCGGCAGUGUCGACAAUGCCUCACUUGCCCACGAUCGCCACGGCCUGCCAGAGGAUCAACUCGAGGAAGUGAGCGAAGAUGUUCAACACCCUUCACAAUCCCUCCCACCUGUAGACGGCGGCUGGCAAGCUUGGACGUUUUUAGCAGCAUGCUUCACCUUGGAAGCAAUUGUGUGGGGCCUACCUUUCUCCUUCGGUAUCUUCCAAUCCUACUACCAAGAAAGCCCAGACCUCGUCGGUCAAUCCUCAAGCAUCGCCUCCAUCGGCACAACCACAAUCGGUGUCUCAUACUUCUCAUGCCCGUUUCUUGGAAUUGCCAUGCAGCGUUUUCCUUGGACUCGCAGACCUUGCAUGUAUCUCGGCUUGGCAAUCAUGGCCAUUGGGCUUGUCGGUGCAAGCUUCUGCAACACGAUCGCAGGUCUCAUUGCAACACAAGGCGCUAUGUACGGCAUCGGAAGCAUUCUGCUGUACUUUCCAAGCAACUUAUUCAUUGAUGAGUGGUUCGUCCAACGAAAAGGCAUGGCAUACGGAAUCAUGUUUGCAGGUACUGGUUUCAGUGGAGUAGGUGUACCGUUUGUGCUGCAGUGGUUGCUGAAUACCUACGGAUGGAGGACUGCGCUACGCACUUGGGCGAUUGUCCUUGUUGUCAUCACGCUGCCGGUACUGCAACCCAUCCGACCUCGACUUCCAGUAACUACUGCUUCAGCUCUCCGACCAAGGGAUCUCGGCUUCUUGAAACGCAAGUCGUUCUUCUUGUUCCAAAUUGGGAAUAUUCUUCAAUCUCUCGGUGUCUUCAUCCCGUCACUGUGGAUGCCGACAUUUGCACUAUCGCUCGGUCUUCCAUCCUUCGCAGGCCCACUGAGUCUCGCGUUCUAUAAUGGCGCCUCUUCGGUUGGUGUCAUCAUUGGUGGCCACAUGAGCGAUCGAUUCCAUGUCUCAACAGUAAUACUCACCUCCACUAUUGGUUGCAUGACUGCGAGUCUCGUCUUCUGGGGUCUGACUUCUGGUCAAGCGAUGCUGUAUAUGUUCGCCAUACUGUGGGGCAUCUUCGCAGGCAUGUACAAUGCGACGUAUUCGGGCUGUGCAAAGACGUUGAGUCGACUGGAACCUAACAGCGCCAUCGACACUGGCAUCGUCAUUGGGAUAAUGGCUGCUGGAAAGGGCAUCGGCGGCGUGGUCUCUGGGCCACUUAGCGAGAAGUUGCUUGAAGUGGGCUGGAGGUCAACUGCUGACUUCGCCUAUGGGACUUCUUACGGAGUGUUGGUAACCUUCUGCGGUAUCAGUGCUGCGUUUGGCGGUACGGCGUGCGUCGGGAGGCUUCUGAAAAUGCUGUGA